UGUUUGGGCUGGCAUGGUGAACCACAGCCUUCUUAAACUAACAAGCCAUGCUGAAGAAAACUGGCAACAAUGCAUGGUAGUCCGAUAAUUGUCUCCCACGCCCAUUGUUUGGAUUGUGUUCACGGUGUGUAUGAGCAAAAUAAGGUGUUAUAUUUGAGUGUCUUUCCUCGAAAAAGGGAUAUGUUAUUGAUCGAAUAACAGAUUUCAUCAAAAAGUGUGUAUACAUCAUUAUCAAUUACGAUGCCUCGUCGGUGUUGUGUUCCUGGUUGUAAGGGAAACUAUGAUACCACUCUGAAAGCUGAGGAUCCUGUCUCUACAUUUUCAUUCCCAAAAGAACAAGAGCUGUUGGAAAAAUGGAUCAGGGCCAUACCAAGAAAAGACUGGAUUCCUACAAAAAGUAGUGCAGUUUGUGCCAACCAUUUUUGUGACAGUGAUAUUGUGCGGUUCAGUGAAUUUACUUUGCCCAAUGGACAAAUAAAUAAAAUACCUCUGAAAUACCCCAAAUUAAACCAGAACGCUGUUCCAAGUAAGUUUUGCAAUCUCCCAAAAUAUCUAUCGCUUGAAACCAAAGCAAAAAGGACUGACCCCGAAAAAAGAAGAGAAGCCAUUAUCCAAAGGCAAGAAGAAGAAAUUGAAAACUUUUUAAAAACUGAUAUCAUAUCUUCUUUCUCUGAUUUGAAGGAGAAUUUUGAAAAACAAUGUAUUUCUAACUGGGAAUAUAAACUACAUGACCACAACUUGUACUUUUACAACUUAACCAUCGGUGAGUGCUUGACAGUGAAUAAUACAAUUAAAAUUCAUGAGUCCCUACAUGUUAAGGUUUUUUUAAGAGGAAAUGAACUGACAGCAAGUGACCUAAAAUGGAUUUUGCCAUGUAAUUUAAAAUUAGAGAGAUGGUCACAGCUAAACAAUUUAUUAUCUCAUUAUAAUUCAACAAAUAAUUUUAAUGAAUCACUUUCAAUAAUGGACCUGCUUAACAGAGCAAUAGAAUUGAUAUCAAAAGCUUAUGUCAAAUGUGAAGAUGAAGCAUUUGCUUAUAACAAACAUCUUGAAUUAAUCAUUGACCAGUUGAAGCAAAUGGUUUUUAACAAAAAUCGGUAUUGUCCUGCAACAAUUAUCAUGUCAUUUAUAAUAUAUUCCCAGUCUCCAUCUUGCUACAAUGUUAUAAGAGACUUUUUUGUGCUUCCUCAUAAAAGAUACCUCCAAAGUAUCUCAUCAUCUUUAGAUGUCUCACCUAGAGAUGAUAUGAAUAACAAAAAUUACUUGCUUAAUAUCUGUAAAGGGCUUUCUGAUAAUGAAAAAAUAGUAGCAUUGAUUAUCGAUGAAAUAUAUGUAUCAAGUAGGAUGGAUUAUAGAUCACAAAGUUUAGUUGGCUCUGCGGAAAAUGAAAAUUCUACUGGUGACUGUGAGUUUGCCAAAACAAUUGUAACAUUUAUGAUAAGUUCAGUCUUUGGUCAAAUGAAUGAAGUUAUAAAACUGUGGCCUGUACAUAAUGUUAAAGGGUUAGAACUAGCAAAAAUGACUAAAGAUGUGAUUGAUUUAGUCCAAGCCCGCAAUUUCGAAAUUAUAUGUAUAAUAACAGAUAACCAUUCAAUAAACAGAAUUAUAUUUAAAAAUCUCUCGCAUAAUGGAUUUUGGUUCUCCAAUCCAAAAAGUUCUGAAAAAAACAUAUUUCUUUUAUUUGAUUUUGUGCAUAUAUUCAAAAAUAUUUGGAAAAAUUGGAUCAACCUUAAAAACCUUCAUAAAACUUUUGUUUGUUAUGAUUUUACAAAUGACGAAUUGAAAUACGCAAAAUUUCAACAUAUUGAAAAUAUUUAUGAGAAAGAAAAGUGUUUAUUGACUAAACAAGCAUACAAAUUGAAUUUUAAAUCUUUGUAUCCAUCGACACUGGAAAGACAAAAAGUACAUUUAGCUGACAAUGUGUUCCACCAGUCCACGAUGUCAGCCCUGAAAUGUGUUCCAGAGUAUCAGGAUACAGCUGAUUUUGUGGAAAUUAUUAGAAAAUGGUGGGACAUUGUUAACACCAGAGAUGUAUUAAAAGGCACCAUAAAGAGGAAUGACUGGUGUAAGCCUUUUGAAAGCAUUUCUGACGAAAGGAUUCACUUUCUAGAACAAUUUGUUGUUUGGCUCGAUAAAUGGCACAAAAUUGAGAAUAAUAAUGGUCACCUUACUAAUGAAACAUUCCAAGCAAUCAAACAAAGUACCUAUGUUUUAAUAGAGAUUAUAAAAUACUGUUUCCAAAAUUAUUCCAUUAAAUUUAUAUUACCAGGAAAAUUUAGUAGUGAAAAUUUAGAAAAAAGAUUUGGUGUUUAUCGAAUCCUCUCAGGCUGCAAUUACAAUGUAUCAUUAGACGAUGCUUUGUCUGCUGAAAAUAAAAUUAGAGUAAAACAUAUUUUCAAAGGUAUAAAUAAGAAUGUUACAUUAGCAAAUAUAAAAGAACAGUUUUCAAUGAUUUCCGACAAUGAUAUUUUAGAUUCGUUUGAAAGCAAUCAAUGUUUAUUGAGCGACUUUGUUUUCAUAUUGAAAUCAAACUAUUUGCAAGUUGUGGAUGUUGAUGAAUCAACAAAAAUAUAUACUUCUGGAUAUGCGAGUCAUGCAAUAACAAAAAAACUUAACAACUGUGAAAGCUGCAUUUCCCUUGUACGCAUGGAUAAAGGAAAAUUAACAGGGAAUGAUUGCUUCGAUUACCUCCAGCGAAAUGGUUUAUCAAAACCUUCUGAACGAGUUUCUUAUAUUUUCUACCAUAUGGCUUCAAUAAUGCAAUUCAUAAUGGGUAAUAAAGAUUGUGAAGUUAAAUUUAUUGGGUGUCGUCAACAGAAACUUCUUCUGUGUCAGCUCACAAUUGAAAGUAUAAAAUCGGAUCAUUAUUAUGAUGAUUUUGCACAAACAUGUAAAAUUUGUAAUAGGAAAUAUGAAAAAAUUCUGAAUAUGAUUUGCUCCAUUUUCAGCAACAUUUUUCUGAAUAACUAUGUUAAAAAUAAAAAUAAUGCUAAUAUUGAAAAUCAAAAACUGAAAAAUAAAAAGCUUGCAGACUCGCAUAACUCACAGAAGAAAAGAAAGAUGUGUACCUUUCAUAAAUGAGUUAACCUAUGUAUAUGAAAUAUUAUAUUAUAUUAUAUCUCAUUUAAGCUUAAGUUGUGUAGUUAAAAAUUGUGUUCUAGAUAGUAAUAUGUUGAUGCUCAAGGAACUUUUAUAAAAUUUCUUUCUAAUAAAUAUUGUAUGUUUUGCAGUUA